UAACAAGAGUUUCUGUGUCCGCAAAAACCUAGCAAAAACCAGUGUAUUUCAGUUACUACAACUUAACGCUUCCCUACAAUCAAUCAUUAAGUACACCUACAACCAACCAUCCAAACCACCGCCUCCGGCGGUUGAAAAUGGACCCAGCAAUGUAUACCGGGAAACAGCCGAUGACGAUGGACAUAGAGCAGAUGCCUGAUACCCCACAGCGAGGGUCCCACCACAGGCGGGCCCAUUCCGACACCUCCUUCCGCUUCGACGACCUCCUCCUCUUCGACCCCUCUGACCUCGACCUCUCUUCUCUCGACCUCCCUACUCCCACACCACAUCGCGGCGCUCCCACGGCCGUCGAUUCUGGCUCCGUAUCCGAUGACUCCGCAUCUCACAGUGGACCAAAUACAAAGCCCAAACCGAUCAAUCACCUACGGAGCUUGUCCGUGGACUCGGAUUUCUUUGAUGGAUUGGGCCUUACGGCUGUCGGUGGAGAGGAGAAGUUUGGCGGGAGAGCGGCGGCGACGGCUGCGGCGGGAGCAGGAGUAGGAGCCGGAGAGAAGAGGGUCCACCACAGGCAUAGCAAUUCGAUGGAUGGAUCUAUGACGUCGUCGUUUGACUUAGAUUCUGUUAUGGUUGAUGAUAUUAAGAAAUCUAUGGGUCCUGAUAGGCUUAAUGAGCUCGCUUUGAUUGAUCCCAAGAGAGCUAAAAGGAUUCUUGCUAACAGGCAAUCUGCAGCACGGUCAAAGGAGAGGAAAAUUCGAUACACUAAUGAGCUGGAGAGGAAGGUGCAGACACUUCAAACAGAAGCAACCACCCUCUCUGCACAGGUCACGAUGUUGCAGAGAGACACUACUGGAUUAACAACUGAAAAUAAGGAACUCAAACUUCGAUUACAGGCUAUGGAGCAACAAGCACAACUUAGAGAUGCUCUGAAUGAAGCAUUGAGGGAAGAGGUGCAACGGCUUAGGAUAGCAACUGGACAAAUUCCAGCUGUCAAUGGAAACCCCUUCAACCGAGGAUUGACUCCACAAUUCUCCUCCCAUCAGCCUGCCUUACAUCACGUUGGCAGUUCCUCAGCCCAGCAACACCAGCAGCAGCGGCAUGUGCCUCGGCCAUCCACCAACAACCAGACUCUCAAUGGGCAACCCCAUCCUGGCUUCGCAAACUUCAGCCAGAGGGCCUAGUGUUUGUUGAGAAGCUUCAGUCGUUUGCAAUUGAAUAUUGCAAAUUAGGAAUUAUAAUUUCAACUGGGUAGCAUCUUGUAUAUGUAAGCUUGUAUAUGUGUUGCAGUUGAAGGUUGUGAGUGUUUCUCAGAGCUGCUUGUGUCACCUACGAAACCAUGUUCUCUUUAGGACAGAUGUUAAUUAUCACAUGCUGACAGAGAGUUAGGUAUUUGUGAAAUAAUUGAUGGGUGGUUGAUUCCUGUAACCUAUUCAUCUAUAGAUCAAUUAGCUGUUUAAGUUAAAUAGCACUAAACACAAUAUAAUUUCCGGUGGAAUAUAGUUUACCCUCCUGCAGUUUCCAACUA